AUGGGCUACUACCCGGACUGGGCGGCGCCCGCGUUCCCGCCCGAGAAGAUCGACUUCGGCAGGUUCGACUGGAUUGACUUUGCGUUCGCGGUGCCAGACCAGAGCUACAACCUGACGUGGGACGGCUCGGACGCGGCGCCGGACCUGCUCGAGCGGCUGGUGACUGUGGCGCAUGAUAGCGGGAAGAAGGUGAAACUCAGUGUGGGUGGGUGGACGGGCAGCCAAUACUUCUCCCCGGCGGUGUCAGAUGCAGCGAGCAGGCAGACAUUUGCGAGCAAUAUUCGUGCGUUCUAUGAUGCGUUUGAUUUGGAUGGAGUCGACAUAGACUGGGAGUACCCUGGGCAAGGAGGAAACGAUGGGAACGUGGUCUCUCCCGACGAUACGUCCAAUUUCCUGUCGUUUCUGCAGCUUCUACGAGCCACACUCCCCUCUGAUGCGAAGAUGAGCGCGGCCGUGCAGACCGUGCCCUUCGCCGACGCGAGCGGCAACCCUCUCGGUGACGUCUCCGCAUUUGCACAGGUGCUCGACUGGGUACUGAUCAUGAACUACGACGCGUGGGGUUCAUCGAAGACCCCCGGGCCCAACGCGCCCCUCAGCGACGCGUGCCACAACUCGACGCAGCCCGUGGCGAGCGCGGCCGCUGCCGUAAGGGCAUGGACUUCCGCAGGUUUCCCCGUGAACCAACUCGUCCUCGGGGUGCCCUCGUACGGAUACAUCUCCCAAUCGACCGCGACGCACCUCCGCCAACGAUCGCGCCCGACGCUUCGGCGGCGCUCGCAUGGCCGGCGUCUGCGAAACCGGCACCGCACUCGAUCGUCGCUCGUGCAGUGGACGGAGGCAGACUCGGACUCGGACACGGCGGGCUCGCCCACGAUUAUGGCCACGAACGAUGACGGAAGUGCGGCCGAUGGGCAGGUGCAGUUCCGCGGGCUCGUGCUGCAGGGCAUACUGCAGUACGCGCCGCAGGAACCGUACGAAGGCCAGCCGGAAGACACUGCCUUGGGCGGAAGCAGUGCGCCGACGCGCUUCUUCGCGAACACCAAGGAGAUUGACAGUCUGUACGAUGGCUGGAGCGGGUUCAUGAGGGAGUGGGACGAGUGCUCGAGCACGCCGUUCUUGCGCUCGGGCGCGGCGGAACAGGUGGUGACCUACGAUGACCCGCUCUCGCUGGGCAUGAAGGCGAACUUCGCGCAGGGUGUGGGGAUGUUGGGCGUGAACAUGUUCGAUGUCACUGGAGACACGGACCAGUGGGAUCUGACGGAUGCGGUCAGGAGGGGGUUGGGUCGUGACUGA